AUAUAUGAUAGUAAUGAGUAUCAUGAAAAACUUCUAUGAUAUGACUAGCACUUGACUAUGUGUUUUAAAAAAAUGGAGGAGAAACUGGAUUCACCCUUAGCGCAAGAUGAAACAAGCGAGAAGGUUGCAAAGAAAAAGAUAACUAUCGUUGUCGACGAGGAUGAUCCUUGCAUCAAGGACAAACGAAAAAUUGAGGAGUUUCAACUUCGUACUCCUGGCAAUGAUCCAAGGUAUGCAUGCAACGUGAAAUUAAUCCAUUACAAUCAGUCGAGUUUACGCUUGAUCAUCAUUGUAAUUCCUUGUAGAUUUCAGCAGCAAAAUCAGACGCAGAGAUGCUUCGUGAUGUAUACCGAUUUUUAUCGCUGCGAACACAUUUUAGGUAGAGAAUCCGAGGCGUGCACGUGGUUUAAAGAUGUUUUCACGUCGAUUUGUCCAAACGCCUGGAUACAGCAUUGGGACGACCUCAGAGUUACAGGUCGACUACCCUGGCACAAAUACAAAACUCAGGGCGCCUUUCCCGGCAGCAAAUAUGGCGAAUAAAACUUAAUCUUCAAAUAAAAAUUAAAGUUUUGUAACGUUUGGAUAAAUAAAUGAUAAUUACGAUUAGUUAGAUCUUCAAGAGUUGUAGUUAAAAUUAAAAUAGGUAAGUUGUAAAUUAUAUGCUUUAGGAAAUUUAUAAGUAAAGGUGAAGGAUAAAGGAAGUGAAGAAGAAUGUACAAUUAAAAGAUAGCCUUUAUAUAUGAAAAAAA